AUGGUCCUCCCUCGCACGCCGGUCAAGAGCGGAAAGGAAUUGUUUCAAGUCAUCGAAACUAUUAACGAACAGUUCCAGCUCGAGCUCCCUAAUCCGCAGAUCUAUUCGCCCUCGGUUGGCUCUAACGACCAUUCACCGCGAUGGCGUACGUACAAUGGCCUCAAAAGACUGUAUUUCAACAGUGAGGUUGACUUAGCUCGAAUCCUCAACGACUUUGAAGAAUGGAUUGCAUCGCGAUCAACCGAGCUUAUGGACAUGCGCGGCAACCGAGCUCAAGUGUCACAGAGACAGUCCAGCGCGGCAAGACGACAGCAGUUAAUGUGCAGUACCCCAGCGCUGGUGUCUUCACAUGAGAAGGAGGAACGCCUCAGAUAUUUCAUGGAGUUAGUAGAUGACGAGAUAUAUUUGUUGAACCGAGGCUCUGUCCGCUACCAUCCAGAGAAUGAUCGAAUGCAAAUCUCGCCAGCAAGCGCACUCAGACCGUUGAAGAGAAGGAUCUCCGAACAGGAGGAGGAGGAGAAUGAGGAGUAUCAUACUGCUCCCAAUUCACCCGUGAAGGAUCCACAAAAUGCUUUCAGCCGGUCUACAAAUACGAAGAAGUCCAGUCACUCGGCAGACGGAGAGGAGGACUGUGGCGUCAGUUCCUCUCUGGUGGUCGGUGACUCCGUUCAUGUGUUCAAAAACCCCAAGCUUGUCGAUAGAGCCAAGGAACCGUCCAAAUUUCUUGAGAAAUUAGCAGCCCCAGACCACUUUCGACGAUAUGACGCGCUACCGAAUGCACACACAGGGCCGAACUUUAGUUUCUCAACGGUUGCCACGUCCUUUGGCCAAAGACACCUCGAUACUUCCUUCACUUCGACAGUGACCGACGCCACAGAGCCGAUCCCCGACUCGGAGUCUAUGUAUGAAGAUUCAGUUGUGGGUCAUAUGAUAACCCACGAGCUCAACAUGAGCCUUGAUGAUCCAGAUAUUACGGCAGACAAUCAAUUGAAAGAAGCACCUUCUUCCCUCGAGGGACGAAUCAUGGAAGAGCUACUGGAAAACGGACCGUUCUCUUUGGAGCAGCCAUUUCCAAGGUCAAUUCCUCUUCGAUAUCGGUACGAGUUAGAGAGGGUUGGUAGGUCGUGGAACGUCCCGUUGAACCGUAUGCUCGUAGGGAACAGCAUUUCCUUCAAGUCGUACGUAGAUUUCUGGAAGUGGAUUGAGGGCCACAACCAGAGAUGCGGGAAGCCGCUUCCAGAGAAGUCGCCCAGCAAGGCCUGGGAGGCUGCAACUGGGACAUUGAAAGCAGAGAGACACUCGGAAGUGGUAUUUCUCUCAGGCGAGAUGGAUUGGUGCACUAAAACCGAGCCGGGUAUUCUUAAAUUCAGAUUAAACCCGCUCAAGAUCGAAAAGACAUGUCGAUUCCGUCGCCGUUUCGGGUCGGAUCGAUUCCUCAGCUUAACGAUACCGGUGCCAGCGCGUCCGCCACGUCAUCUCCGUUUCGAAAGGCACCCCACGCUGUUGCGUGAAAGUCUAGCGUUGUGGCUGACCCAGCAUGUCCAUCGGUGCUUGGGGAGAAUAUGGCGGCCCUUCUUUGUGGAAGAGGUCAAGACGAAGCGCAAACCGAAGCCGGCAGCGCCCAAGUUCAAAGUAGAGCUCUUUGCCAUUGAUGGGAUUGACUUUAUGAGUAGCAUGAGCCGCAUGCCAUCCAUCGCCCCGCCGGACCAGGACAGCGAAGGUCAUACUUCGAUGAGCCUGGAGGCUCUAAUGGACUGGCAUAUGCCCCCGGAAGACAACAGAAACCAAUCCAAUUGCAAGCUGUUCCAGCGGAUCUCGUUGGGGCUUUCUAAGACGUAUGCUACUAUCAUAUUGAAACCGUGGCAGAUUUUACACCUAAAAGAUGUACCUAAUCGCCCCGUUAUGAACGAUGGCUGUGCUUUGAUGUCCCGGGGUCUCGCGAAUGCAAUAUGCGAUUCGCUUGGGAUUACUGGGAACACCCCGAGUUGCUUUCAGGGAAGAAUCGCUGGAGCCAAAGGAUUGUGGAUGGUAGACAGACACCAGUCUGACAUUUCAGUUGGCGGAGACGAAUUCUGGAUCCAAGUCUCGGACUCGCAGUUGAAGAUCCACCCCCAUCCGCAGACCUGGCGGGAGCCGGUGGACGAGGAGAAAUUGACGUUUGAGGUGGUCAAAUGGUCGAAGCCUUUACAUUCGGUGGAACUGAAUACUCAGUUGUUGGCCAUCCUGGAGCAUGGGGGAAAACUCAGAGACUACAUCGCUCAGCUCACUCGAACCGGGAUCCAAACGGUCUAUCAAGACUUUGCGAAGGUCCUUGACUCGGACAGUCCUGUGCUUUGUCGUAGCCUCAUUCAGAAGAUCAAACUGGUGGCGGAUGAUGGCUCUGCGCUGGCGAGCCAGCGGGUCAAACAUUUGGAACAAUGGACGGCGAAUGAUACAGAGGCGAUCAUCAGGUUGACCGAAGCCGGGUUUGCGCCUCGGAGUUUCUAUCCCCUACGUAAGCGACUGGGGCGCUGUUUGCAGGAUGUGCUCGCUCGAUAUGUAGAUGAGCUCCAUAUCAAGGUGCCUCUUUCUACCUACGCCUUUUGCAUUGCCGACCCGUACGGAGUUCUCCAGGAGAACGAGGUGCAUUUUGGCUUCUCAAACAACUGGCGCGAUGCCCAGGGGCAAUUCGAAGACAACCUCCUAGACGGCAUGGACGUUCUGGUCGGUAGACUGCCCGCCCAUGUCCCCUCGGACAUCCAGCGUCGCCGCGCGGUGUGGAAACCGGAGCUCCGCCAUUUCAAAGAUGUCAUCGUCUUUCCCACGGCUGGGGAUAUCCCGCUCGCACAUAUGCUGUCUGGUGGUGACUACGACGGUGACAUGCCAUGGAUCUGCUGGGACCAGAAUAUGGUCCAGGACUUUCGUAAUUCCGGUCUGCCCACGGAGGAGUUCCCGCCAGAGCAUUUUGGCCUUACGAAGCAUUCCGUACCAAUGAUGCAGAUUCAGUCGACGGAUGAGUUUCUUCAAAGUGCAUUCACGUUUAACCUGACGAUGUCGAAACUGGGCAGAUGCACUGUUGAGCACGAGAAGUUGUCAUACGAUGAGUCGAUUGACUCGGCAAGGGCGAAGGAACUGGCAUGCCUCCUCAGUCACUUGGUAGAUGGCCGCAAGGGAGGUGUGCACCUGUCCGAGCAGGCUUGGCAACAGUACCGCAAGACGAUCAGCCCCUGGGUGCGGGAAGACCCCGCGUAUAAGAACACCCAGCGGAAACCCAAGAAGGAAAACAUCAUUGACUACUUGAAGUUCGAGGUCGCCCUUAAAGAGAAGCAUGCGGUGCUGAAAGAAUUCGAGCGUGUAUUUCCCGAAAACGAAAGUCUGUACGACAGGGAUGACGACCUGGUGCGCCCAUGGAACGAGGCGCAGCGGGAAGCCCAAAUUGAGAAGCAAGGGAGCGAUGGGCAGCUUCCCGUGGUGCUCAAUUAUGCUUCAUCCAAGGUGGAAGCGUUCUAUCGCCAGUGGAUCAACUCUGUCUUAGGCGAGAACUCCCUCUCGCUCGUGGCGCGAGAGGCAGCGGAGGGGGCACGGAACAUCCCUCCCCCUUCAUUCGGAGACCAUCCGCUCAUCCAUACGUGGCGGCACAGCAGGGAAGAAUGGCUUCGGCUGCUAGCCUCAUAUACCUACCAAAAGCAUAGCCAUGCCGCCUUCACCAUCCAUGCGUUUGGCGAGGUCCUGUGCCAGAUGAAGGCGAGCAGCCUCCCAUCACGAUCGGUGACGAAUGAGAUCUUGGCUUGCUACCGGGUGAACCACAAGGCGAUCAGCCAGCUCACGGCCAAAGACACCGUGGACGAGGAGUCUGAGGAUGCGGAAGAGUUUGAGGGAGAAGAUGCGGUGGAAGCGAUCAUGUAUGCGAUGCAUAUGCCAGGGGGUUAUGACGACGCUGAGGACGACAUGUCUGUGGAGUGA